GCUUCCGCGACGGCGCAGAUCGUAGAGCCCAAAGCAGCAGGGAAAUCUCGGCGCCGAGCACGGGCGGUGCAGACCAAGCCUCGCGUCAGCCGUCAGGUCCUCUUCCCCUCCCCACCGGCCGCGGUCUCGCCCAAAUCCACGAGAGAAAUUUGUCCCCCAACCAUUCGACGAGAUCUCGGAGGCCGCCUCGAGGGGGAUUUGAGGUCUAGGGAGAUUAAUCUCGAGGUUGGACCUCACAAUUUUAUGGCCUUUGACUGCAACAAGGAAAGAGGAGAUUCUUCGCCUGAUAAUUGCUCCCGCAUUUGCACUGAGGGUACUCUCGUCCAGGCAAAUCCCUUAUCUCACUACUGGAAGCCUAAGGGUUUGAAGAGCCUCAACAAAUUGGAGAACCAGAAGUCCAGUCAUGGAUCUGUUCCGAGAGACGAUAAUCCAGAACAAGAAGCUGAAGCGAGCGAUGAGGCAUCUGCCUCAACCUGUGGCAUCAGGUGCUUCACCGAUCUGCCGGCUGCUUUGGUCUGCGAGGUCCUUGCACGCCUCGAUGCAAAGGACCUUGGAAUUGUAUCCUGUGUCUCCACCCUCCUGCAUGCCUUAGCCACAGAUCAUCAGGGAUGGAAGAAGUUAUACUGCGAAAGGUGGGGGCUUCCAGACCUUCCCGACGCCCUGAAUGGGCCCUUGUUGCCUGGUGCCCCCCUAGAUGGGAAGUCUUGGAAAACAUUUUUCGUGGAGCGGGAGUUCAGGAGUAAAUCAUUCAUGGGUAGAUUCAAUGUGGAUAUUCUCCGUGGCCACAAUGAGGAUGUUCGAGCCGUCUUCCUUUUGGUAUCAGCAAAUCUGAUAUUCACUGGCGGCCGCGAUUCUGUGGUUAGAAUGUGGAAAAUGGAGGAAGGGUUAUUGAUUGAUACAUCCCGUGCACUUGGUGGCACCAUCCGGGCGAUUGCAGCUGACUCUAGGCUUUUAGUGAGUGGAGGAACUAAUGCCUAUAUUCAGUGUUGGAGGGCUGUUGAAGGCAAUGAUCACUUAUUUCACAUCUCUGGAAGUGGUACUGACCAGAAUGCGGAGUUUCGCCUCUGGGGGCAUGAAGGUCCUGUGACUAGUCUUGCCUUGGAUUCACUGAGGAUUUAUAGUGGUUCUUGGGACAUGACUGUUCGUGUUUGGGACAGAGCCCAGAUGGAUUGCGUGCAAAAGUUCAUGCAUGCAGACUGGGUGUGGUCUCUUGCUCUGCGUGGAAAUACUGUUGCCAGUACUGCUGGUAGAGAUGCAUAUGUAUGGGAUAUCAGGGACGGCGAGUUAACAAGCUUAGUUUCCAAUGCCCAUGUUGGUAAUGCAUAUUCAUUGGCUUGGACACACCUGGCGGAUGUGCUGUUUACUGGUGGAGAGGAUGGCGCUAUUCGCUUGUUCAAUGUUUCUGAUGUCUCUGAUGAUGAGGAGGACAUUAAACCAGUGGCAACUUGGGUGCCACAUUCAGGUCCUGUUCAUUCUCUUGCUUUUGAGUAUCCAUGGCUUGUGUCAGCCUCGAGUGAUGGCAGGAUUGCACUUAUUGAUUUGAGGAAGCUUCUGACUCCCAAAAGAUCAUCAAAAGGUCUGCGUGUUAAGAGCUUUGAUGCAAGUGCCAUAGAGCCUCCACAGAGGAUGCUUCAUGGCGUUGGAUGUGAUCUCUUCUCCAUCGCCAUUGGUGCAGAUAGGAUUGUAUGUGCAGGUGAGGAUGGUUCUGUUAGAGUCUGGAACUUCUCAGAAGCACUGGAGAUUGAGAGGAGGGCACAGGCUCUAAGGAGUUUGAGGCAGGAGAACCGCAUGAGGCGGAGGAAGGCACAAGUAGAGAUGAAUGCAAAUGGUAGAAGGCCUGACCAGUGCUCAAUAGCCAUGAAAAAGAACCAACUGAAGGCUGAUAAGAGUGCCACUUGGCACAACAAGCGUGCCAUUAAUGAGAAGGCCAAGUCUUAGAUUAGGAUUAGUAGCCCUUCACUGAGUUGCAGUUUAUUGUGGCCAUACAUUGCCAUCAUUGGGUACUUCCUUGUUGGGAGUACUUGCUAAGAGUUUAUUUUCAUUGAAGAUGGGUCAACUAAUACUUAGUUCAACAUUGGCACAUUCAGGUGUUCUACUUUAUGUGGUUAUAAUUUCCAAUUUAAUAUAUGCAAUUCUUCUAUGCCUAGUGUAUAUUGACCAAAUCAAUGACAAGUCCUUCAAAUCUUUGAAUUCUAAAGGCUUUUGGUCUUUUAGCUUUCCUUUUGCAGUUUUGGGCUUUUGGCCAAUUGAGAGACUUGGUAACAUUACAUUAUCGACUUGUGUACUUCUGUUACUUGUAAAAGAAUAUUUAGUUUUCAGUGACCUAGUACUUGUACUGAAGGCUUUCUCCCUUCUAUAAUCUUGUGCUUGUACGGCAUCACUUUCAA